UAUAGUAUAUACGUAUAUAGUACACGCGUAAGGGAAAUUAUAGGUUUUAAUUAUUUUGAUAUAUUUUACUAUAGUUAUUAUUGACAAAAUUGGUCAAGCGUGAAUAUAUAGUUUUUGAAGCUAGAUUACUAAGUUUUGCAGUUCAUACCUACUAUACAUUUUAUACGUCUCAUAGGUAACGAUUAAAAGUUCGAAUAGGCCUAAAUGUAUGCAAUGGCUGAAUUAUAAUAAAGUUGUAAUUUUAUGCAUUGACUAGGCAAUUUCGUUUACAAGUUGUUUCUUUCUAAUCAUAAACCUACACAAGUUUAAGUAAUAUUACCAAGUUCAUUCGUUCGGUACUAUUUCUUACUUUUAAAACAGUCGAUAAGAGAAUCGAGACAGUGGACGUAGAUGAGUGUUAACAAUGCGAAGACAGUGUGUUCUAUUGCUGACUUUUCUUACCACCUGUUGUGCGGCUAAGGAGGAAUGGAGAAUUGGUGGGCUGUUCGAAGAAGACGCAAGCUUCUCGCAGCAAGCCUUCAUUUAUGCGACAGACUGGGCCAAUGAGAGGGAAGACUUGCCACAGUUCGCCCUAGCAGCCGACAUCACACAGGUGGAUUACUUUGACAGCUAUCAAAUAUCUCUAAAAGUAUGUAAUAUGCUGGGAGGAGGUGUCGCUGGAGUGUUUGGACCUCGGUCAGUAGACACCAGUGACCAUGUCCAGUCCAUCUGUGAUGCCAUGGAGAUACCUCAUGUGGAGAUGAGAUGGGACUCUAGACAACGUAGAGGCUCCUGUCUGGUCAAUCUGUUCCCUCACCCUUCUACAAUGUCCAAGGUGUUUGUCGACCUAGUGAGCAUCUAUGAGUGGGAGAGUUUCACGAUUGUGUAUGAGGACAAUGAUGGACUUAUCAGACUGAAUGGCCUCCUUACCUACUAUGAUCAUAAGGGAUAUCCCGUCACUGUCCGCCAACUGGACGAGGGAGGAAAUUACAGGCCAACUUUUCGGAGGAUAAAGAAUGCUAAUCAGAAGAACAUUGUGUUGGAUUGCUCAGCAGAUAUACUCUUUGAUGUAUUAUUACAUGCACAACAAGUCGGCUUGAUGGGUGCGGACUACAGUUACAUUAUAACAUCUCUGGAUUUUCAAACUAUUAACUGGGAACCAUUCAUGUACGCAGGAACAAACAUAACUGGUGUACGUUUGUUCGACCCCGACAGCAGCAAAGUGAAAGACGUCUUGAGCUUCUGGAAGGACAAAGACAAAGACCUCCAAAUAUCAGGUGAAACUUUACGUACUGAGACAGCUCUGAUCCAUGAUGCAGUGUUGUUUUACGCUAAAACCGUGGAUCAGCUGUUGAGAAGUAUGGAUAUUCAACCUAAGCCUCUCAGUUGCGACACCAAUGAGAACUGGGAUCACGGCUACAGUAUCAUCAACUAUAUGAAAGUGAGUGAAAUGAAUGGAUUAACAGGCCUAAUCAAAUUCAACCAUGAAGGCUUCAGAACAGACAUUAAGUUGGAUGUAAUUGAACUCACAUCUGAAGGUCUGGAAAAGAAAGGAACUUGGAACACCACAGAAGGAGUGAAUUUCACGCAGACUUUGGAAACAGAAAGUGAAAUUGCUACUAAGCUGGAAAUGAGAAACAUGACUUUUGUUGUCAUGAUAUCAUUGAUAGACCCACAUGCCAUGUUUAAAGAGACAACCACCAAGCUGGAGGGUAAUGACAAGUAUGAGGGGAUGGCAAUAGAUGUUAUACAUGAACUGUCUCUCAUGUGCGGCUUCAACUACACGUUCCGAGAGCAGAAGGAGGGGGGCAGCGGCAAUCCGGACCCUGUCACCAACAAGUGGAACGGAAUGAUCGGAGAGGUCAUCUCUGGGAGAGCUGACCUGGCAAUAGCAGAUAUUACUAUAACCCAGGAAAGAGAAAAGGAUGCUGACUUUACUUUGCCUUAUAUGAAUCUAGGAAUCAGUAUUUUGUACAAAAAACCAACAAAGUCUCCAAGCUUAUUCUCAUUCAUGUCUCCGUUCAGCAAAGAUCUGUGGCAAGCGCUGAUGGCUGCUUACGUUGGGAUCUCUCUGCUCAUGUAUAUAAUUGCCAGGAUAAGUCCCAAGGAGUGGACCAACCCUUAUCCAUGUGUCGAUGAGGGUGAAAUAGAAGAGUUGGAGAAUCAGUUCAGCCUCAACAAUUCCUUCUGGUUUGUGACUGGCUCCAUCAUGCAGCAAGGGUCUGAACUGGCCCCUAUUUCAGUAUCCACUCGCAUGCUGGCGUCUGUGUGGUGGUUCUUCACUCUCAUCAUCGUCUCCUCCUACACAGCCAACCUGGCCGCCUUCCUCACAGUAGAGCAGAAUGAAGAGAUAUUCCGCAAUGUAGAGGAGCUGGCCAAUCAGAAGCCUAAUGCUCCUGUGUUUGUCAAGUAUGGUGCCAAGGCUGGUGGUGCAACUGAAGGAUUCUUUAAGUCAUCAAACCACUCAACAUACCAGAGGAUGUGGCAGUACAUGCAGGAGAACUAUGACGACGUGAUGAUGAAGUCUAACCGUGAUGGUGUAGACAGAGUACUGAGUGAUGCUGAUGAGUAUGCCUUCUUGAUGGAGUCUGCCUCUAUAGACUACGAGGUGCAGCGGCACUGUGAGCUGAGGCAGGUCGGCAACCCUCUGGACAGCAAGGGCUACGGCAUUGUCAUGACUAAGGGUGCUUGGUACAGAAAUAUUCUAAGUAGCAGUGUUAUAAAGCUACAAGAAAAAGGAAAAUUCACUCAGCUUUAUAAAAAAUGGUGGAGAGAAAAAAGAGGUGGAGGAGCAUGCAAUGAUGAUGGGGAUGGAGCAGACGCAGUUCCAUUGGAUCUGGACAAUGUUGGUGGGGUGUUCCUGGUACUGGUGUUUGGAACAUUACUUGCUGGGGUCUUAUCUCUGGGAGAACUGAUGUUUGAGGUCUUCAUGAAGGAAGAUAGGGGACCUUUUUGGAAUGAAUUAAAACGAGAACUGAAGUUUGUGAUCAGCUGUAAAGGCACUGUGAAGAAACUAAAAACACCAUCGGAAGAAAAUACUUCUGAAGAAAACUCAGACCCUACCAGAUCUUUCCGUCUUUAGUUAUUAAUUGUUGGGAAAUCUAAAUACAAUAAAUUGUAU